AUGGAAAAGCUUACAAAAACUCAUAUUCGAAUGAAACUAAUCUCUUUCUUUGUCUUCAUAUCAUUGUUAUCAAUAACAGUAGAGAGUAAUGAAGAGUUCGAUUAUGAUCCAUGUAGUGACAAAGGCCCUAAGUUUUGGGGACAAUUAAAUAAAGAAUGGGCAAAGUGUGCGAAUGGAAUCAUUCAAUCUCCUAUUGCUUUGUCAAAGUGGACUGCAGAUUUCAAUAGAAGUUUGGGUGAUCUUAGAAGAUACCAUAGACUUGCAAAUGCAAUUCUCAGGAACGAUGGCCAUGAAAUUAUUGUAGAUUGGAAAGGAAAUAAUGCUGGAUCAAUAAAAAUCAACAACAUAGAUUACCAACUUCAAAAUUACCAUUGGCACCAUCCUUCCGAGCAUACUCAAGAUGGCAAAACGUAUCCUUUGGAGCUUCACAUGGUCCACGUCAACAAUAUUACCCAAAAAAUUGCUGUUAUUGGUGUUUUAUUUGAGUACGGUCGACGGGAUCCAUUCAUCUAUAUGAUAGAAAGGGACAUAAAAUAUAUAGACAUUGAAGGAGGUGAGGAAUUUCUUGGUAAAGUGGAUCCAAGAGUAGCAAGGCUUGAUGGAAGAACAUAUUUUAGAUAUAUUGGUUCACUAACCACCCCUCCUUGUACCGAAGGUGUCAUUUGGACUGUCAUGGAAAAGGUACAAACCGUGGCACCAUAUCAAGUUGAACUUCUUAAACAAGCUCUCGUAGAAGAGAAGAAUGCAAGGCCAUUGCAAAAGAUUAAUGGUAGAGACGUUUUCUAUUUUGACCCAUUCCCGUGGGGAAGUGUAGCAGCCGAGUAG